AUGGGUGGACGCGACGAAGAAGGGCGCAGACAAAGUCGCCAAGCCGACUACAGUGAAGACGACCACGCGGUCAGACUUCCGUUCUGCAGAGAUUGGGCUGCAUUUGGUACAGACCACCUGGUCUCCAAGUUCAGUGGCCAAGAUAAGACACAUUCUGCUGCUAGAUGGGCGCAGGACAUCGACGAAAACUCAGAAAUAUUUCAAUGGACGCCAUUGCAGACGCUAAUAGUCGCCAGGAAAUCUUUAACUGGUACUGCAGCUCUGUGGUUAAAGUCGGAAAAACCAUUCAAAAGUUGGAACGACCUCAAGACCGCAUUACUCAAAGAAUUUCCUGAUUCCAUCGACAGCAAAACCAUUCACGAAAUGAUGGCGGCUAGGAAGAAGAAGAAAGAUGAAAAGUGCUUGGAUUAUAUGCUGGUAAUGAAGGAGAUGGGAAAGCGCGGAAAAAUGCCUGAUUAUGUCGCUAUAAAAUACAUUAUUGACGGCAUAGUCGACUCGGAAGUCAACAAGAUGGUGUUAUACGGCGCUACAACGUACUCUGAACUUAAGGAAAAAAUCAAAAUUUACGAUGUUAUGAGGGAAAAGAUGUGUGCAAGUUCUAACAGAAAUAACAAGCCAGGCAAUAGUGAUAAAGCUGCUUAUCAGAGUUACAAACGAUGCUAUAGCUGUGGAGGGAGAAAUCAUCAGUCAUCAGAGUGUCCAAAUAAAGAGAAGGGGCUGAAAUGCUUCAAAUGCAACGAGUUUGGGCAUAUCUCAACGCAAUGUAAACAUCAAGGUGAAAUAGUUCGUUCAAGAACAAGUGACAGGAAUGGUGAACGGCGGAAUGAAAAACCGAAAGUUUCCGAUGAUCGCCGAGCGAUGUGCGUGGCUGACUUCACUACGUGCGAUUACGAGGUUGGUAAACCUGACGAAUGUGGCAGCCAUGACAGCUCAUUGGAUAACUCAAUCGGACGUACCAACAUAAGUGGCAACAACAAGAUGGCGUACCAGAUAGGAACCGAUACGAACUUCAAGGAUAUUUACGUUGAGGAAAAGACGCCGGCGCAAAUUCGUUUCGAAAAUGCUUGCAAGAAGAUAUUUGUUAAUCAGUGCGGAGUAACUGCGUUAAUUGACUCUGGUAGUGAAUUGAACUUAAUGUGUACCGAACUUUACGCUCAGCUCGGGUCUCCACAGGGUAUGAAAACCGCCACAAACCUUGUAGGUUUAGGAGGCAGUAUUGUGUCAACAGAAAAGUUCAAAGCUAGUGUAUUGUUAGACGGACACGAGUACGAGGUAACAUUUUAUGUUGUUCCAAGACAUGCUAUGCCUUAUAGUGUUAUAUUGGGUCAAGAGUUUCUUAAAGAUGUUUUUACGAUCAUGUCCAACGGUUCUAUUCUGAUAGCUCCAAACAUGAACAAGUGGUUGUCAAAGAUUUCGUGUGUUGUUAGUCAUAAGGAAUAUGUUCUAGGUAACAUCAUGAAUAAGCAGGUGCAACAAGAAGUCAUUGAAUGUGUCAAGAGUUAUAACCCCGUGCAAAUUAAGGAGGCACCGAUUGAAUUACGCAUAGUACUUAAAGAUGACAUCCCAAUAGCCCAGCGACCGAGACGCAUUUCGUUGGCAGAGCAGCAACUUGUUGAGAAACAGGUAGCCGAGUGGUUGAAAGAUGGCAUAAUAUGUGAACUGAUAGCACAAGGAAUUUUGGUCAUAUUUAUUGAUGAUUUACUCAUUCCAGCCGUUGAUGAACUCCAGGCAUUGCAACGCUUGAAGCAAGUGCUAGCUGUUGCAUCAGAGUAUGGUCUACAAAUCAAUUGGAAGAAGGCACAACUACUGUGUCGAAGAAUAGAGUACCUAGGUCAUGUUAUAGAAGACGGGAAAGUGCAACCUUCCUCGAAGAAGACAGACGCUUUACAAACAGAAUUGCAUACAGACGCCUCUGCAAUAGCAUAUAGUGCUAUAUUGCUCCAGAAAGAUUACUCAGGCGAGUUACAUCCUGUACAUUACUACAGUAGGAAGACCAGUGAUGCUGAGAAGAAGUAUAGCAGCUAUGAGCUGGAAGCAUUAGCUGUGAUUGAGGGAGUUAAGAAAUUUAGGCACUAUUUAUUUGGUAAUCAUUUUAAAAUUGUAACAGAUUGUCAAGCUUUCCAGAAAACUUUAAAUAAGAAGGAUUUAUCAACUAGAGUAGCCAGAUGGGUGAUGCUGUUAGAGGAGUAUGAUUAUGUCAUAGAGCAUCGACCAGGAAGUAAAAUGCAACAUGCAGAUGCUUUAAGCAGGAAUCCUUUUAUUGGUACUAUUGAGUUGAGUCUACAUGAACAGGUCAAGCAAGCACAAUUAUUAGAUGAUGGUUUGAAGGCGAUUAUAGAAAUUUUAAAACUACAGCCAUUUGAAGACUACUCUUACAGUGAUGGUUUACUGUACAAAGGACAAGAAAGAAGGUUAGUUAUACCCAAAAGUUUAGAAUUUGACAUAUUAAGAAGAAUUCAUCAGAAGGGACAUUUUGGAAAGAGAAAAAUGAAAGAAUUAAUAGAGCAAGAUUAUUACAUAAAGAACGUUAAUAAGAAAAUUGAAGAACUUUUGUUGUCAUGCGUACCGUGUUUGCUGGCAACUAAAAAAGAAGGUAAACAGGAAGGAUUUUUAAACAGUAUUGACAAAGACAGUAUACCUUUGCAUACUAUACACUGUGAUCAUAUUGGACCUCUCGAGACAAGGAAAAUGUACAAUUACAUCUUAACAGUAGUAGACGCAUUCACCAAGUUUAUGUGGUUAUUUCCAGUGAAAAGCACUACAAGUAAGGAGACAAUAGACAAGUUGAUGAUACACCAACAAACAUUUGGUAAUCCCACACGGUUGAUUUCAGAUAGAGGAACUGCAUUUACCAGCAAAGACUUUAAGGAAUAUUGUGAUAAGGAGCAUAUUCAACACAUCACAAUCACCACAGGCGUGCCAAGAGGGAAUGGACAGGUGGAGCGUAUCCAUAGAAUCAUCAUAUCAGUCUUAACGAAACUGUGCAUCGAAGAACCAUCUCAUUGGUAUAAGCAGGUCAGUCGAGUGCAGAGAGCACUGAAUAGCACAUAUCAGAGAAGCAUUGAUACCACUCCAUUUGAGAUAAUGGUUGGCACGAAAAUGAAGACGAAGGAAGAUUUACAGAUUUAUGAAUUAAUCCAGAAUGAACAGAGAAAUAAUUUUAUAGAAGAAAGAGAAAACUUAAAGAUUAAGGCGAAAGAACAAAUACAAAGAGUACAGGACGAAAAUUGCAGGACUUAUAAUAGAAAAAGGAAGGAAAGUACAAAAUAUGCUGUAGGAGAUAUUGUAGCUAUAAGGAGGACGCAACUUGGGCCUUGUCUGAAGCUCAAGCCUAAAUAUUUGGGUCCAUAUCGAGUGACUACACUUGAGAAGAUAGAUCAUAUGACAGAUGGUCCUCGUUUGACAUCCUCAUCUGCUGACUAUAUGAAGCCAUGGCCAUUGUCCAGUGAUAUUGUUGAGCUAGGUGAGUAG